UUUCAACGGCCAUUUAUAUCCGUUUCAGUGUUUUUUUGGUUUGAGGUAUGCUCGCUCGUGUUUGAUUUUAUUUAAAAGUUUAUUACCAAUUCCCACUGAAAAAUAAUUUAGUUGAUUUUGAAAGUAGAAACUUACUAAGAAUAAUGGCUGGUCAAAGCAAUAACCAGAAAAAGAAAUUGGGCGGCUGCCAAAACAUUAAAGUUGUUGUGAGAGUCAGACCCUUCGACGAAAAAGAAUCCCGAGGCCGGUCCAGAAUGGCAGUCAACUGCAUAUCGCCCAGAGAAAUCCAGACGAAAGACAAAAAAUACUACUACGAUAGGGUUUUCCAACCCGAUUGCAACCAGCUGGACAUUUACUCGUACGUCGUCGAGCCGAUGAUCAACGACGUACUCGCCGGAUACAAUUGCACCGUUUUCGCUUACGGACAAACUGGUACGGGAAAAACGCAUACCAUGACUGGAGGAGAUCCUAGUUCCCUGUCUUCACUGGAUUGGAGACGAGACGAAAAAGCCGGUUGUAUUCCCAGAGCGGCCGCCAACAUAUUCGACGAAAUCGCUUCAAUGAAAGUAAAUGAUUACAACGUCCGUGUAUCAUUUUUGGAACUUUAUAACGAAGAAGUACGAGAUUUACUGAAUCCGGACGAGCGCCAGCCACCAUUAAACAUCUUCAAUGACAACAAGGGCGCCGUCUUUAUACAAAACCUAAAUGAAAAAAACGUCUUCAACAGCAAUGACAUAUACGCACUACUGCAACAAGGCACACUAAGACGUCAGACCGCCUCAACUCUCAUGAACAAUCACAGCUCCCGUUCGCACACAGUUUUCACCAUAACCGUACACAUCAAAGAAGCUGAUUUAAGCGGCGAAGAAGUUUUGAAAACAGGCAAAAUAAAUCUAGUAGAUCUGGCCGGCAGUGAAAAUAUCGCGAAAAGCGGCGCCAAAGAUAAAAGGGCUCUGGAACUGGCCAACAUUAAUCGGUCGCUGUUGACAUUGGGACGCGUGAUACAAACUUUGACGGAUAAAAACAAUAGACACGUUCCCUAUAGGGAUUCGAAGCUAACCAGGAUUUUGCAGGACAGUUUAGGAGGCCACACCAAAACUUGCAUUAUCGCCACCGUGUCGCCAGCUUACAGCUCCUACGAAGAAACCCAGAGUACUCUGGAAUACGCUAUGAGGGCUAGAGACAUCAAAAACACUCCGAUGGUCAACGAAAAAGUAACGCGAGUCCAAAUGUUCAAAGAAAUGACAACGGAAAUUGAAAAACUAAAACGCGAUUUAGAAGCCGCUCGACUUGGCGAAGGUUUUUUCUUGCCGCAAGAACGCUGGGACGAAAUACAAAAUCAGCUUCACGUCAACUCUAAUUCGUUAACAAUGAAAAACGAAAUUAUCGACGGCAUGAAAAAGCGCCUGGCCGAUCUCGAAGUGAUACAAGAAAUUAAAUCGCGCGACUACGAGGAAGCGAUGAAAAAUUGCAAAAACAAAGAGAAAAUCAUCCACAAAGCGACGGCGCUUCUCAAAGAACACCGUGAAUCUUUGCAACAGGAAAAGUACGUGUCCAAACAUUAUUUUCAAGCGGUGCAAGAGGAAAACACCCAGGCGAAAUGUUUGCUGCAGGCCACCGAUACAUUGACCAAAAGUCACGACGUGCUGCAGCGCAAACUCGAAGACCAAUAUUUCAAUAGUUACUCCAACGAGCGUUUAAUGCAGGAAAAGUGUCGCAGUUUGCAAGAAACCAUUGUUAGCGGUCGGGAGCAAUUAGACAAGAUGUCGUUAACGUCACAGUCUGCCGUGACCAAUCAAAUGGCAGUUUUGGAAGAAAGUGCGCGGGCGUGUCACCAGGAAGUGGAGCGUUGCGCUGCUUGGAAAAACGAAAUCGAGUAUGUGGCUAAUAAUAUGAACGGAGUGAGUGAGGUUAUAGAGAGAACGGGUUGGAGUGGGAUGGAUAAUGUGAAGGGGACCCAGAGCUGUGUGAAUGAAGUGAUGGGAUUGGUCGAUAAAGGAUGUAAAAAUUUUGAGAAAUACACAAGACACGCGAAGCAGAUGAACAAAGUGAGAUCGCGUUUCAGGGACAUGUUACACAAGCAAAUACAACACAAAAGGCAACAAAUCAAAUUAUUGGAACAAGAAGUCGAAGAAAUGGUAGAAACGUUGGACACAAUCGACAGAGAAACCAAUACCUUUAUUAUCGAGGAGGAAGAAGAAAAAAAUAUUAUCAAACAAGAUUUCACAUCGAUAACAACAGUCUUGGAAAAUACUCGAGUUGAUUUAGUAGCUCAGACUGAGAGUCUUGAGGAAAAUUUUGAAAAUAUAACUCGAAACAAUAAUAAAGUAAAGUCACGCCUUACUGAGUUAAUCAACGAAAAAAUCGACACGGAAACGGCCCAUUUAAACCUCAACCAAACUCAAAUCGAUACGAUGAAACAAAUGAUCGCCUCAACAGAAAAAUCUCUAGAGAUCCACAUUUCUGAGCAAAAAUCACUAUUAGAAACGACUGAGGAAAUAGGAAAAGAUUUAUUGGAAGGGUGGACUCCGGUGAUUCGAGCCGGCGAUACUCCGAAUAAAAUCAGCCUUAAUUAUCCGAAACGGGUGGGCGAUGGAGCUUUGCCCAGAGAUGUGCUUAUUAAAAAGUUCAAAGAGGAAUUUGAUGAGGAUAUUGAAAAUGAGUCUUUCCAUUUGAACGUUUCAACAAAUACUGAGGAACACCUCAGCCCUCAGAAAAGCAAUGAAUACUCGGACACUGCCACGUAACCUAAUUAAGUUUAAAGUAUUAUUAUUUUUAGAUAACAGAUUUUAUUUUCUCAGACUAUUUUACUGUAAAAACUAAAUUAGCCUCUUUUUUUUUGUGUGAUAACUAUUUGAGCGAUUGCAAUACCUACUGAUUGAUUGAUUUCAAAAUUCUUUCAACUAUGUUAGUCUAUAAGUUUUGUGGUGUUUUUUAUUUUAUUCAUAUUUGCCUCAUAGGAUAUAGUUUUCACCACUGUGUCUGUAAAGUAGCGGAUAAAUUCAUUAUUUUGAAAAUGGUAAAAUUUUUGAAAAAUCGCUCAGGCACAUCGAUUUUGUUUUUUUGUUUGAAAUUUUUUGAUAUAUUUUUUAUUAUACAGGGUGUCUCAAAAAUAGCUCCACUGCUAUCAAAUUUGUUUUUUCAAAUGGAUCACCCUGCAUGUUAUAACAUUUAUGGAUUCUGCGGGAAAUUUUUGACAUAUUCUUCAGGUUUUACAGUCUGUCAAAGUUGCAAAAAAAUCAAUUUUCAACUGUCAAUAUUUCCGAAACAGUUGAAGAUACUUAUAUGACAUUGUACAUGAAAUAUGUCAACAAUUUCCCGCAGAAUACAUAAAUGUCAUAAUAUACAGGGUGAUCCAUUUGAAAAAACAAAGUUGAUAGCAGUGGAGCUAUUUUUGAGACACCCUGUAUAAUAAAAAAUAUAUCAAAAAAUUUCAAACAAAAAAACAAAUUUGACGUGUCUGAGCGAUUUUUCAAAAAUUCUACAGUUUUCAAAAUAAUGAAUUUAUCCGUUACUUUACGGACACACUGUAUAUUUCUUUAUGUGCGUGUAUAUGUAUAUAGUGCAGAUUUUUAAUAAUAAAUCCCAAACAAAUUAGAA